AAGGGUCACUAGGGCGGGCCAGGUCCCGGAAGCGGAAGCGCGGCGCACUUCCGGUGCGCAGCGGGCGGCCAUGUUGGAGCAGCGGAGGCGGCGCAGAGGCGCGUCCUGGGUCCCCGCGGCGGCGCCGGUGCCAAGCGCUGAUUUGCGGAUACCCAGGCAGAUCUGCAGUGCCUAAUGCCAUGAGCGUGGUGGUGCAGCAUGUGGAGGAGAAAGCUGUGCACUCCUGGUCGCGGAUCUCCACGGCAGGGAAGAAGGCCCUGGAGGAGGCGCUGCUUGUCUUUAACCCCAUGAGUCAGGAUCUCAGUGCCACAGAGGCCCAGCUUGUAGCCUUCCUGCAGGGCCUGCGGGAUGAUGGCUUCCAACCUACCAUCCUGCGCAGCGGUGAUGUCUAUGGCUAUAGUUCAUGCACAGCUAACCCCCCAAGCCAGACGAAGCUGCAAGCUCGUGCCCCCACCCCAGCUGCCACAUCACCUCCAGCCAGUGCUCCCCGAACUGCCAUGCGACUGCCUGCAGGCCGGGCCACACUGCUCCCUAUGCCACUAUCUGGAAGGCUGGCCAAAGCAUCCACACCAGCCCUUGCCAAGCAUGCUACCACCAACCUGCUGCUGAGCUCCCUGAAGCAGUCAAGUGCCAGCCGUGCCCGGGGUGCAGCAGUGGGCUUCCCUGCCCACCUCUAUCCAGGUGUCUACCCUGCCAUGCGGCUCUCUGUUGUCCUUGAGGCCCUGGUUCCACUAAAGACUCCCAUGCCCUGCUUGGGUGCCAAGCAUAAGGCACAGUCACUGCAGCUCUCACUUACAGACUCUCCCUUGAAGCUGCGCAAAGGUCCAGGGAAGAGACCAGGGAACUCUCGGCCCAAAGCUCCCAAAAAAGGCACAAGCAAGGGCCCCAAAUGUCUGACUCAUAGAGGCCCCAGGGCCAGACCCCAACAAGGCACUAUGCCCCGGAAAAAGACCUGCAAAGCUACUGGGUCCCUCAGUGGCCUACAAAUGAAAAGUGGCUCUGCCCUGGGCACCAAAACAUCCCAGGCCAAGGCAGCUCGAACACUAGCCAAAGCUGCCCAGGCCAAGGUGGCUCGAACACAGGCCAGAGCUGCCAAGGCCCGGGCAAAAGCCAAGGCAGCACAGAUGAGGGCCAAGGCCAAGGCAGCACGGAUCAGGGCCAAGGCCAAAGCAGCACGGAUCAAGGCCAAAGCCAAGGCUAUGCGGGCCAAGGCCAAGGCAGUGCGGGCCAAGGCCAAGGCAGUGGGAUCUAAGGCCAAGGUAACUCAGAUCCAGUCCAGGAGCAGAGGCAGGCCAAAAGGGUCUGUUCAGACCAGGACUGCAAGAAGGGGCCAGAAAAGCCACCCUGAGACUGUGGGGCAGAAGAGGAAAAGGGCUGAGGAGGCAAAGGAUCUUCCUCCCCGGAAAAGAACACGACUUGGGUCCCGAUCCUCUAAGGCAUGGCUAGGGCCUGGAACAGCAAAGCUGCUGAAAUUCCGGGCCAUCAAGGUGGACAGGCGGUCCUCAGACGAUGAGGUUCGGCAGCGGGCUCAGCGGAUCCUCCGUGUGAACCUGUCCCCUGUAAUACAGCUCCAGCCAUUGCUGCCAUACUCAGCACUCUGAUUCCUUCAUGUAGCAAUGUUUGGGGAAACUGAGCCCAGUUGUCUGUGUGACCAGUGGCACAGUGUGCAAUGCCCAUGGAUUCUACAACCCCAAGGACUCCGGGUGCCUCUCCAGGGCUCUGAGAGCCACCAUUCUCCUUUCAGAGACUGGAGGAUAUGGGGUGGUAUGGGCGGGUGGGAGGGGUGUUCUCAUGGCGCGAUGCACUGUGAUUUGUUACUCUUCAAGUUGUACCUCCACUGUUCCAUCUAUCACGUUUUAUACCUUUCCACCUUCCAGUCUCCCUGCCCACCCUUCAUGGUCUUUUUUGUGUUUAUAGCUGCUGGUAGGCCAGCUUGAGCAUAUAGGAGGAGUGGCCCCAGGAACAGGGCUGCCAAAGUGGGUCCUGGUAGCCCCUGACAAGUCCUGGAUGUGAGUGAAAAGAGUAGCUCCCAGGCUUCUCUAGAGAUGCUGGCCUUUGUAGAUGUGUGAGAAGCUGCCCCUGAGGGCAGGGGCAAAGCCACUCUAUUCCUCCCCUUAGGUCUGCACUGACCAGGUAGGCCCCCUGCAGGAGGACAGUAGGUGGCUCUGUGGGGAACUUUGCAGCCAGCAGGUUUUUAGGCCAGGGAAAGGGGGUUUUGUGGUACUGCUCCCCAGGGGCCAUUGUCUCCUACCCUGCUCUGGCUGAAACUUUGGGGCUUUGCCUGAGCUUGUCUGGGGCAGGGCCAGGCCUAAAUUAGCUAUAGUAUUUCUGCCUCUCCUUGUUCCAGCCUCAUCUUCCCCAGUUGAUAGCAAGGGGUUGGGAGUUGAGUCAGAGGCCAGGGUUCUGGGUUGUAGAGCCACAGAGUCUGUCCACUGACUGCAGAAUUUUCGCCUUGGAUGAGUUGGGUACUCUGUUAACUGAACCAGGAGAGUUUCCACACUGCUUCACCCCAUCAGCAGUGCUUUCUGCCUGGGUCCCAAGCACUCUGUUUCCAGGUCCAGCCUUAUGCCUCCCAACAGGGGCCUGUGUAUUUCAGACAUUUCCGCUCUUCAUGCUUUGGAGAGGGGGCUGGGCCCCAAGCAGAACUAGGUCUCUGCCCAUUUGCCCUCCUUUCCUGAUUGCCCAGCCCAAAGGCAGUGCCUGGGGCUGGCAGGGACAGGGACACAUUCCCCAGAGGCUCCUAGAGACCUACAGCCUUUCAGGGAUAGAGGUGGGAGCCUCAUUUGAAUGAGAAUUGGAUCUUUUCUGCCUGUAUGGGUUAGUCUGAAUCCUGGCCCCACUAGUGCCAGCCAUAUUGGAUGGCAGACCUGUAGAGAAGUUCUGUUUGUUUCUUGAUACGCCCUCCCCACCUUUAUUCUGCAUCUGGUGGCUGCAAUUAAUAAGGUGUGACCUCCAUUGGCUCCCAGGUUCUGGGACCCCCUUUGCUCCCAGCCUCACCAUGGCUUCACAGCCCUGUUGUUCCUUGUCUCUGGCAAUCCUGCUUUUAUCUACCAUCUGAGUAUGGGGCCACACCCAGUUCCUCAAGGGCAGCCCGCUGUUCAUCCUCUCUCUCAGGUCUGAUUUCAGCUCCCAUGGCCCAGGACCCCCAGCCUGGCUAGGCCUCCUCUCCAGUCUGCAGCUCCUUUCAGUUCUGCUUCUGCCACCAGCGGGUGAGAGGUUGGCUCUUUCCCUGAGAGCCAUCCAGAGCGGGAGAAAAAAUCUCCAGGCCUCUUAUGGGGCAGAAUGAGGUGGGGGAACCCUUAGGAUCUCUGUUCAGAUGCUGUCUUUCCCAGUCCUGGCUUCCAGAACAAUUGAGGAGGUGUCAGACACACUUCCCCUACCUGAAUGCUCAAGUGGCAGCUGCUACCCACCUACUGGCAAUUUGUUGACCAUGGCCAGAACUUUGUCCUCCUGUGGUCUCUGAGCCCUACUGCAUUGUCAGUCACCUCCAGGUGGGGAGGAGGGUGAGGGCCCUGGAGAUGGUAUCUCUGGGCUUUCCUGGGCAGGUUUGGCUUUAUGGGGGUUCAGAUCAUUGCUGGGAGGGGAAGGCCUGUGCUGUGAAAUUUGGGGCUUGGGGGCCAACCACGUACCUCUUGCAGGAAUCUGAGAAUUCCUUCUUUUGUGACAUUUGGGAUCAGGGAGGCCAUGGCACUGAGAAUGUGAUUUGGAGUGGUCGUGGAAGAAACAAGACCUGACGGCCAGCAGAGAGAGGUGACGGUACCCAUGUGCCCCUCUGUGCAGGUCUAGGGUCAGGGCUCAGUCACUCUGAUUGGCCCUUGUGGUUACAGGUGUUGAGAACGUCACCAUCCAGCUGGACCUAGAGAGUGCCUUCUAUGUUACCCACCUCAUCAUGACGUUCAUCAUGCCCCAGCCUAAAGGCUUGCUCUGUGCCUCCUGACCUCACAGCCACCAGUGAUGCUUCCCUCUGGUGACCCAAGGACCCCCUCUUGUCCUUAGACAUUCUGCCUGGCAACUCUCCUUCUGGAGCAUUCAAUGACCAUGGCCACUCGGCAUCUAUGCUGAUACUUUGCCUACAGCUGCUCAGGCCUCUUUCCUGGGAUCCCUCCCACCCCUGGCCACAGAAACAGGGCUGGUUUGUGACCAGCAUUACUCCAACAUUGAGCCUUCCGCUGAGGGCAAGGUCAACCUAGAGGAAGGGAGGUUGGGCCCUGGGGUGAAGCCAGAGGCUCAGGUUUGCUUCUUCCAGGUUAUUUUCAAAGUUCUGGACCCAGCCAUUUUGAUGGAGAACCUAAACAAUCCCACGAUUCAGGGUAAUCCUCUCCACAGCAUGUCAGGACAGCCAGAUAAUGCAGGGAGGUGAGGUCCUGCUUGGGUGUGUACACCAGUGAGGUAUGGUGGGAGGCAAGCCAGCUCCGUCCCCCAGCAUUAUUCCCUGGCUCUAUCCCAUCAUGGUCCUCUAUUAUGGACCUAAUAUGGCCCCCCUUUCCUGUCCCAUCAUUGUUCCCCAUACCUAUGCCCAGUGUAUAGGGACUGGCAGUUUCUAUCUCUGCCCCAUCACAAAUUCUUUGUGGGACCCCUUUGUGGUUCCCAUCACUACUUUCUAUGCCAGCUAUCAACAAUGUACCCCAUUUCUGCACCUGUCGCUGUACCUUAUAACUGUCCCUGUUAUGAGCCUCCAUCGCAGCCCCUAUCCUGGUCCCCCUGACUCAUCACCCUGAUGAGUCCUCAUCCUGAUUCAUCACCCUGGCCUUACUUGGUGUCUGGCAUCUCUGCAGCUGCCUCUAGGUGGCACCAGGGCGUCUCUGGGUUGUGACCUCUUUCUUGUAAAACAAGUCUUGAAAGACAAGACACAUAACCAUAACCCAGCAGGGCAACCCAGAGUCAGGCCAGGUGAGUACUAAAGCAUGACAUCCCCCAACCUGGCUUUUUCUCUACUCUCCACCUACCUUGACUGGUUAUUACCAACUACUUGCCCUGAGCCCCCAUGCUAGGUUCCCAAGCAGGUCUUGCUUGCUCUUCUGAUCAGGAGAGAGACACUCAGCAAAGGGAGGUGUAAGAGGAAGCUUGGUUCAGUAACUGACUUAAGCUGUGGAGCAGAAAGGAGCCAUGGACCCAUCUGUCCCAUGUGUACAUUGAACAAGUGCCCAUUGAGCUCCACUGUGUGCCAGACAUCUGUCUUCUGAGCAGUGUUCAGCGGGGAGCAGAUAAAGUGUCUUGGAUCUGACAUGAAAAUGAGAAAAACUUGAUAAAUAAGCAAACUAAUACCAUA